CCUCGCCCGUCCGUGUUCCCCGAGCAACAGAAAAUUUGGAUGCGAGUCAUGUGACCACCACAAUCCCAGCAAGUUAAUCAAUUCCUCUAGAAUAUGUCCGUGGACGAAGACUAUGGGGUAUAUAUGUAUAGGGAGAGAGCUUCACCACAUGUGGCCUCUGAAUAGCACAGCAUCUCCCAGUGGCGGGCCGAACAGCAUGGCUAAUAACAACGUCUUCAUUCAACUUCUUUUUCUUAUCAUCACCUCCUCAGGGUUUCUUUUCCAUGAUACCAUUAAAGUUGGCUCCUGCCAGGGUGAUCAUCAAAGGGGUUGCGUUGACACAGAGAAGGUGGCUCUUCUCAAGUUCAAACAAGGCCUCACAGAUACAUCGGAUCGGCUCUCAUCUUGGGUCGGGGAAGACUGCUGCAAAUGGAGAGGCGUGGUCUGCAACAACAGGAGCCGUCAUGUCAUCAAACUCACACUGCGUUAUCUUGAUGCUGAUGGAACAGAAGGCGAGUUGGGUGGUAAGAUCAGUCCUGCUUUGCUUGAAUUGAAAUAUUUGAAUUACUUAGACUUGAGCAUGAACAAUUUUGGAGGGACUCCAAUCCCCAAGUUCAUUGGUUCGUUGGAGAAGUUGAGAUAUCUCAAUCUCUCUGGUGCAUCCUUCGGUGGACCUAUUCCUCCACAACUUGGAAAUCUUUCCAGCCUGCACUACCUUGAUCUCAAGGAAUACUUCGAUGAGUCAAACCAGAAUGAUCUUCAUUGGAUAUCGGGUCUUACUUCGUUAAGACACCUUAAUUUAGGAGGUGUAGAUCUAAGCCAGGCUGCAGCUUAUUGGCUUCAAGCUGUUAGCAAGCUUCCUUCUCUUUCCGAGUUGCACCUACCUGCUUGUGCACUUGCAGACCUUCCUCCCUCUCUUCCAUUUUCCAAUCUGAUCACAUCUCUUUCAAUCAUCGAUCUUUCCAACAAUGGUUUCAACUCCACAAUACCCCACUGGUUAUUCCAGAUGAGGAAUCUUGUGUAUCUAGAUCUCAGUUCCAACAAUCUACGAGGCUCAAUUCUUGAUGCUUUUGCAAACGGGACUUCUAUUGAAAGAUUAAGAAACAUGGGUAGUCUGUGCAAUUUGAAAACAUUGAUCCUUUCUCAGAACGAUUUGAAUGGGGAAAUAACUGAACUGAUUGAUGUUUUAUCUGGGUGCAACAGCAGUUGGUUAGAGACGCUGGAUCUGGGCUUCAAUGAUCUGGGUGGUUUUCUUCCUAAUUCCCUAGGAAAACUCCAUAACUUGAAGUCUCUUUGGCUUUGGGAUAACUCCUUUGUAGGCUCCAUUCCGAGUUCAAUUGGAAACUUAUCGUAUUUGGAAGAAUUGUACCUCUCAGAUAACUCAAUGAAUGGGACCAUCCCUGAAACUCUUGGACGACUUUCCAAGUUGGUUGCGAUAGAGCUAUCUGAGAAUCCACUGACGGGAGUUGUAACAGAGGCUCAUUUUUCAAAUCUUACGAGUUUAAAGGAGUUUUCAAACUAUAGAGUGACUCCAAGAGUUUCCCUGGUUUUUAAUAUCAGUCCUGAGUGGAUUCCUCCUUUUAAACUCAGCCUCCUCAGAAUAAGAUCAUGCCAAAUGGGUCCCAAGUUUCCCGCAUGGCUUAGAAAUCAAACUGAGCUCACUGAUGUAGUGCUCAAUAAUGCUGGGAUCUCACACACCAUACCAGAGUGGUUUUGGAAGUUGGAUUUGCGUCUUGAUGAGCUCGACCUCGGUUCCAAUAACCUGGGUGGCAGGGUGCCAAACUCAAUGAAGUUUCUUCCUGGAUCCACCGUUGAUUUGAGUGAAAACAACUUUCAGGGGCCUUUGCCAUUAUGGUCAUCCAAUGUGAUGAAACUGUAUUUAUAUGACAAUUUCUUUUCUGGCCCAAUUCCUCUGGAGUUUGGUGAAAGAAUGCCCAUGCUGACAGAUCUAGAUCUCUCCAGUAAUGCUCUAAAUGGCACCAUUCCCCUCUCCUUCGGGAAAUUAAAUAACUUAUUGACCCUUGUCAUCUCCAACAAUCAUUUGUCUGGAGGAAUUCCAGAGUUUUGGAAUGGUUUACCUUACCUCUAUGCCAUAGACAUGAACAACAACAAUUUAUCUGGUGAGCUGCCAAGUUCUAUGGGUUCUCUAAGAUUCCUUAGAUUCCUGAUGAUAAGCAACAAUCAUCUUUCUGGCCAACUUCCUUCAGCUUUGCAGAAUUGCACAGGCAUUCAUACUCUUGAUCUUGGAGGCAACAGAUUUUCAGGAAAUGUUCCAGCGUGGAUAGGAGAAAGGAUGCCUAACUUGCUUAUUCUACGCUUACGAUCAAAUUUGUUCCAUGGGAGUAUUCCAUCACAAUUGUGCACUCUUUCUUCUCUCCACAUACUGGAUCUUGGAGAAAAUAAUUUUUCGGGAUUCAUUCCCUCUUGUGUGGGGAAUUUGAGUGGCAUGGCCUCUGAAAUCGACUCUCAACGAUAUGAGGGCGAGUUGAUGGUGUUGAGGAAAGGAAGAGAAGACUUAUACAAAAGUAUUCUUUAUCUGGUUAAUAGUAUGGACUUGUCAGACAAUAACCUAUGUGGAGAGGUGCCUGAAGGAGUAACAAAUCUUUCAAGACUUGGCACCUUGAACUUGUCCAUAAACCAUUUGACGGGAAAAAUACCAGACAAUAUUGGGAGCUUACAGGGGUUAGAAACUCUUGACCUCUCAAGGAACCAUCUUUCAGGCGUAAUCCCCCCAGGUAUGGCUUCUUUGACUUCCUUGAAUCACUUGAACCUGUCGUAUAACAACCUGUCGGGUAGAAUUCCAACAGGCAACCAGUUGCAAACCUUGGACGAUCCAUCCAUAUAUGAGAACAACCCUGCACUCUGUGGGCCUCCAACAACAGCCAAGUGCCCUGGUGAUGAUCAGCGGCCUAAAACGCGCAGUGGGGACAAUGUAGAGGAUGAGAAUGAGAACGGGGAUGGCUUUGAAAUGAAGUGGUUCUACGUGAGCAUGGGGCCAGGAUUUGCGGUGGGAUUUUGGGGAGUUUGUGUCACCUUAAUAGUCAAGAAUUCGUGGAGGCAUGCUUAUUUUAGGCUUGUGUAUGACGUGAAAGAAUGGCUGCUCAUGGUUAUCUCACUGAAUGUAGCUCGUCUGCGGAGGAAACUGAAUUUGGGUAGUAUUUGGAUAACUUUCAACAGUUUCUUGAAAUAAAUGAAGGCUUGUAUGCAA